CAUGUGAGCUGUUUAUGUUCAUCCUUUCUAUCAAGAACAGUCUUCAUUAUUUUAAGCAUUUGAGAAUGAGUUGUUUAUUUCGAAGUGAGGAGAUGUGUCUUGUGCAGCUGUUUUUUCAAAAGGAGUCGGCCCACAAUUGUAUCAAUGAACUUGGACAUCUUGGAUUGGUUCAGUUUAAAGAUCUGAAUCCUGGUGUAAUGGAUUUUCAGAGGCGAUUUGUGAAAGAAGUGAAGAAAUGUGAAGAAAUGGAGAGAAUUCUGCGGUAUCUCGAGAAAGAGAUGGUGAAAUCUAACAUUGUUAUUGCUGCAACAAAGGAAAAGGAGAUGGUCCCCUGUCCCAGAGAUGUCCUGGAGCUAGAGUCCACCUUUGAGAAGUUGGAGCAGGAACUGAGAGAGAUCAACCGUAACCAUGACGCACUCAGACAGAACCUCACUGAGCUGAUGGACAUUGACUCUCUGCUCAGGAUGACUGAAAACUUCUUUGAGGAGGCUGAGUCUCUGCUGACCUGUUCAGAGCCUCCUUCUGAAGACUCUGUGUCUAUGACCAUCUCAUCCCACAUGACCAGCCGCAGAAACAGCAACACCAGCAACACUGGACCUCUAAGUCUAGGAUUUAUUGCAGGUGUUAUCAAGCAAGAAAGGUUUCCUGCUUUUGAAAAGGUUCUUUGGCGGCUUUUUCAUGGAAAUUUCGUCCUCCGACAUGCCGAGAUUCAAGACACUGAAGAAUUCCAAGCAGAACAGAGGGGAACUGUGAAGAAGGAUGUGUUCAUUAUAUUUGUCCAGGGAGAUCACGUGCGAGACAAGAUCAGAAAAGUGUGUGAUGGGUUUCAUGCCAAUUUGUACACUUGCCCAAAAACCUUGCAUGAGCGCAAGGAGAUGAGAAGCAAUGUAAUUACACGAAUGGAAGAUCUUCAAAUGAUCCAGAAAAGAACCGAAGAGUAUCGUGCCAGUGUCUUGACCAAAGCAGCAGAUCACGUCCAAGAGUGGGGCAGUAAAGUGAAGAAGAUGAAGUCCAUUUACUACACACUGAAUCUCUGCAACAUAGACAUCACACAGAAGCUGAUAGUAGCAGAGAUCUGGUGUCCUGUUUCAGAUCUCACUGUUGUUUAUAACGCUCUGAUAAAAGGAUCUGAGCAGAGUGGUUCCAGUGUAACCCCAGUCCUGAACCGUAUCCAAACCCAACAAACUCCACCAACCUUCAACAGAACCAACGCCUUUACUGAGGGAUUCCAAGCAAUUAUUGAUGCCUAUGGAGUCGGUACCUAUCAAGAGAUCAAUCCAGCUCCGUACACUAUUGUGACCUUCCCCUUCCUGUUUGCGGUGAUGUUUGGAGAUUGUGGUCAUGGACUUGUGAUGACAAUAUUUGCAGUCUGGAUUAUAAACCAGGCCGAAUGUUUAAGAAAGUGGAAAAAUGAGAUUACAGAUGUCCUGGUCAGUGGACGCUACAUAAUUCUGCUCAUGGGAAUGUUCUCUAUUUACACUGGCCUGAUUUACAAUGACUGCUUCUCCAAGUCCUUCAACAUUUUUGGCUCUUCCUGGUGUGUUCGACCAAUGUUCCAUCCCCACGGGCCAUGGCACAACAAGUCACUGCACAAAUGCCAUCAUCUUCAGCUGGAUCCGGUCGUUUCAGGGGUUUUUUCUGGUGAUCCAUAUGUGUUUGGAAUUGACCCGGUUUGGAACAUUGCAUCAAACAAGCUGUCCUUUCUAAACUCCUUCAAAAUGAAGAUGUCUGUCAUAUUGGGAGUCAGUCAUAUGCUCUUUGGUGUGACCCUGAGUUUGGUGAACUAUGUGUAUUUCCAAAACUUCCGGGACAUCGUACUUCAGUUUGUUCCGCAGCUGAUAUUCAUACUCUCUCUUUUUGGAUAUCUGGUCUUCCUCAUCCUCUACAAAUGGAGCAUCACUCUACAAUCUGACAAGGCUCCAAGCAUUCUGCUGCUCUUCAUCAACAUGAUGCUGUUUGAUUAUCAGUCUCAACAUAAUCUCCUUUAUGGAGGACAGAAAGCCGUGCAGAUUUUCUUGGUUGUUACGGCUGUCCUCGUGGUUCCUGUGCUGCUCCUGGCCAAACCCUUAUUUGUCUACAGGACCCGCAUGAAAACCAGACACCAGGUUUUUGGAAACUCUCUGAAUGAUCCGAGUAGAACAGAUGCACGUUCUUCGUUCUCAAAUCAUCAGAGAGAUGAAACAGUAAGCAUGGGUGACAUAUUUGUGUAUCAGGCCAUCCACACAAUCGAGUACUGCCUGGGCUGCAUUUCCAACACGGCCUCGUACCUUCGGCUCUGGGCACUGAGUUUGGCUCAUGCAGAGCUGUCAGAGGUGCUUUGGCGGAUGGUUCUACAGGUGGGACUGAAGUUCACAUCUGGGAUGGGCUCUCUCAUGCUUGCACUGCUCUUUGCUGCUUUUGCUCUUCUGACAGUGACUGUUCUUUUGUUGAUGGAGAGCCUUUCUGCUUUUCUGCAUGCUUUACGCUUGCACUGGGUUGAAUUUCAGAACAAGUUUUACGAGGGAUCUGGCUACAAGUUCACACCCUUGUCCUUUGGCAGCCUGUUAAAACAAUGAUAGUUACUGAUUAUUUAUGGCCUACUUACAGUUUAAGUCCUAAUUAUGUUUUAGUGAAUAUAAGAAUAUAAGAAAAAAUGUAAAUGUAAAUAAUUAUAGAUAUUUAGAUUUUAUUUAUAAAUAAAUGCGUAGUUAUAGAGCAAUGUUGUGUCCAGACUUUUUUGACUGGGGUGGCCCAUGUGGGGCACAGACUCAUUCAAGGGCGGCAUGAAGCGUAACUCAACAUCCCUGAUAUUAAUAAUAAUAAGAAGAAUAUGAAUAAUAAGAAGAAGAUAUGCACAUUUUCAGGAAUUUUUAAUUGUCGAAUGUUACUUAGCUUAAUAAUUGAUUAAUUGUUAUUAAUAUUGCAAAACACAGAAGACUCCAAAUAGCAUUUAUUUAUUUAUUUUUUUCUGUAUAAUUUUAAGUAGCGUCUCUUUAAACUGCAUAAAUGUUAUGGACACUGCUAAUAUGAACAAAUUAAGAAUAGCGCAUCAUUGAACACACGGUAGUUUUGUGCAGUUUUGUGGAGUUUGGAGUUGGAGAGAUGAUGCUACCGUGACAUUAUGUAAUAAUAUCUAGUAGGCUAUUGUUUUAUUUUGAGACAAUAAAGAAGAUAUUGAAGAUAUUUCUUAAUCUUAUCAAUGGCCUACACAUAAAGAAUGUGCAAUGUAUAAUGUGAACGUGUAUUCAGUUUAAUGUAAGCUACUCAAUUUAGCCAUAUAUUGGGACUCCCAACUGGAGUUUGAUUAUUUAAUUAAUCAGUGCUUUAAAAACAACUUAAUUUGAUAUUAAAACUGUUUUCCUGAUCUCCAUUUUUUUUUUUUUAAAUUUUGCAUCUUUGGAAAAAAGCAGAGAAGGCUUUGCUGGCCCUGAGAAAUCGCCACUGUUCAUCAUUUUCUGACACUGCUUUCCGCCCAAUUGAAUAAAACACAUUUGCUCUCUUUCACCAGUGUUUGUUAUUGUCUUCCUUUUAUUUCUUUCACAUAUUCUCCACACCACACCGUAAGAGCUAAAACAAGCAAAUAAAGUAGUAUGGAUAUUUGCAGGGGGUAGUAUGGAUAUUCUAUCCAGAAGGGAGGCAUGGCUCCAGUCCCCCCUAGAAUUGAUUGGCCACCCCAGGUGCCACCUCAAAUUCGAAACUGUGUCACUUCCCAAGUUGGAGGCAGGCUUUCAAUAAAACCAGGUAGAACCUUGUAUAGGUCUCUGCAGAACAGUAAUGGGUGUUUUCAAGUCUGUGGGCGUUUUCAAAACGGGAUGGGCAUUUCUAAACUAACCAAUGAAACUAGGGAAUCUCAAUGGUUUGAAAACGCCCACUGAUUGGGAAAAGCCUAUUUUGUUCUGCAGAGAUAUAAGCCUCUAAAUAACCCUCAGUUAUUUAUAGCUUAGUUUUUAGUUGAUUAUAUUAGUAUAACAUUAAAAGCCACAAGAUGUGUGUUUUUAUGUUUUUACUUUUGAUCCUCGAGACUGCGACACUAAAUUGCAGCUGUGAAGAGGGCUUGAGGAAACCAGGUGAGGGACCAUUUCACUAUAAACAAUGGUUACAUUCACUGCAAACACUGUGCAACCUGACAAAAAAAGCGCUAUGAUCAUAUGAUAGUGGUCUGCGUGGGACUGUUUUUUCCAUCCCUCUGCCGCAAGUUUCUAUCCCACACCAAAACUCACCCGCUGAAUUUUACUCCAUGUUUACCCGCUCUCUGCCCACAGUGAUGUUCUUCCCGAUCGCUCCUGGUCCCUCAACCCAGAAAUUGUUUCCACGCUGGGCGAAAGCCAUACAAAUAGACAACAACUGUAAACAAAACGUUUUAUUUUUCUGUUAUUGCUAUAAUCAGAUUCAUAUGGCCAUGAUGCCCAUCUGACUUGCCUGAGGUUGUUUUCUUAACACUAAAUUGGUUAUUUUAUUGUCUGAGUUACACAUACGUUGAUGACACAGUGUACCUACGCUUUGCUCUGCCAUUCAAAAA